UUUAGGUGUUGAGCUCUAAAUUAGUUCAAAAUAAUGGCCAAACUUUGUUUGUUAUUACUCCUGACAUUAGUGUUGGAGAUCACCUCCAGUCCCGUUCAGGUGGGAACCCGAGCCUCCAGAGAUCAUAACGACUACACGAAAAACCCUCACCGAGUGGUCUGUUAUUUCGGAAGUUGGGCGCACUAUCACAAAGUCCAACCCUUCGAGAUCGAGAACAUUGAAUACGAUUUGUGUACUCAUAUUAACUAUGGUUUCGCCAAAAUCAAUGAAUCCACGUAUGAGAUACAGGUCUUCGAUGACUGGCUUGACAUCCAUUUCGAGGCGUACAAGAGGUUCGUGGGUUUGAGGACAAAGAACCCUCACUUAACGACAAUGAUAUCAGUCGGGGGAUGGUAUGAGGGGUCAGAGAAGUACUCGGAUAUGGUUAAGGAUGCAAACAGAGCCCGAUUCGUGAAAAGUGUAUUGGAUUUCCUCCAAAAGUAUGACUUCGAUGGACUGGAUCUCGAUUGGGAGUACCCGGCUAACAGAGGUGGUGAUGAGGUCGCAGAUAAACCCAAUUUUCUGAAACUGCUGAAGGAAUUGAGAGAAGCCUUCGACCCGCACGGGUAUCUCCUGACGGCUGCCCUCUCACCCGGAAAGCAAAAGAUCGACGCCGCCUAUGGAGACGUACCCCUAAUGAAUGAACUCCUUGAUUGGGGAAACGUAAUGACAUACGACUAUCACGGGGGUUGGGAAGACAUUCUCGGACACAACGCCCCACUCUAUAGCCGACCCGAUGAGACAGAAGGCGAUUACCGAUACUUUAACGUCAACUAUACUGUCAGCUAUUACUUGUCAUUGGGUUUGAAGAAGGAGAAGAUAGUGAUGGGAGUGCCCUUCUAUGGCAGGGCCUGGACUCUCAUGAGUAAAGAUAAACACAAUCUCCACGAUAUCGCAAAGGGUAUGUCACCCGAGGGUUUCAUCGGUGGUGAGGCCGGAGUGUUGGGAUAUAAUGAGUUAUGUCAGGAAGAACUCCAGGAUCCCAAGAAAUGGUAUAACACUUAUGACCCCUACUAUCGGGCGCCGUAUGCUUAUAACGACGAGAUAUUCAUUGGUUACGAAGACGUGGAGAGUAUUUCGUGCAAAAUCGCAUACUUGAAAUCCAUGGGACUGUCGGGUGGUAUGGUGUGGGCCCUCGAGAACGACGACUUCAUGAACAAAUGCGGGGGCGGGAAGUCACCCCUCAUGAACAAAGUGCACCGUAUGUUGAAUGGCGAUGAGAUCAAGUCGUUUGAGUGCAAAUUCCAACCAGCACCUACCACUACCACCACCACCACCACUACUACCACUACAACUACAACCACGACAACACCGGCACCGACCACCACAACUACAACAACUACCCCAACACCUCAGCCAUCGACCACUUCCUCUGAUAUCGAUUGGUGGUGCUCUCGGGACGGCUAUAUGCCACACCCCAGUGACCCGCAUAAGUACUUCCAGUGCGAAUGGAUCCCAGGCACCGGAUGGUACCUCCAUUUGCGCCAAUGCCCCAUUCACACCACAUGGGUGCAAAAGGACAGGGAGUGCGACGGCCCUGAUAUACCACCAAUGGAUGACUAAGUGGUGGUCAGUAUUACAUUAUUCUUGCAUUUGUAAUCCAAUCUGUUAUGAAUGCAAUGAAUAAUUUUAAAAAUUUACUUUUUGUAAUUAAAUCACAUAAUAUUUAUUCUUAUUAAAUAUUAUCAAUGUAUUGUUAUUAUUAAACAAAAUGUAAUAUAUAAUUUUAUACGUGUAUAAUUGAAUGCAAUGUUAUCAUCAAAAUAAAUUAUGAAAUAUAUUUUCAAAUA